AGAGCGCAACUCAGAAAUGCACAUUAAUAUUACUCUCAGCUCCAAGAUGUGAAGAUUGCCUUUGGGGCUUGGUAGCUGUUAUCACAUGGAAGUGUUGGUCUUGAGCCGCGGAGUGAUAUAUUAUGUACGUCAGAUAGUGAAACGGCUACGCACAGGGUUGGCCGCGCUUUGAGACGUUGAGCCCGACUCAAUGAACUGUUUCGUGUAAUGCGGCAAUGGUUUAAUUCCUAGUUUUUUGGUUUUUUUUACAUCACCUUGUUUUUUUAGGACAGUGUGAUUUUCUGAGUUUAUAUGGAUUUUGAUAUCUCGUGUUGUAUUUUACGAUAAACAGGUAAGCUGAUUUUAACUGACCAAGAUGACGGUGCAUGGGAAAAUUGUAAUUAUAAAGAGAAAUGGAAGUGAUGGGACAGAAUUCCCGCUAACGAUGCCUUUAUGCAUGUUUGGAAGGAAACCAGAUUGUGAUAUUCGCAUUCAACUACCCCAUGUUUCUAAAGAACACUGUAAACUGGAAAUUAAUGAAAAUAAGGCAGUAAUUUUAACUAACCUGAGCUUGGUUAAUCCAACUUGUGUGAAUGGAAAUAUUGUACCAGAACCUAAACAAUUGAAGCACGGAGAUAUAAUAACUAUUAUUGAUCGUUCUUUCAGGUUUGAAUAUCCCAAUGCUACUCCUAGGAAGAGAAGAUCAACUGCAGGAAACAAAACUUUACAGGUGAAGGAAACUGUUGGCCAUUUAUCUGAAAACAAGAGUGAAUUUACAGCUUUGAUUUCAGGUACAGCUGAUGAAUUGAAUGAUGAAGUGGAGCAAAAGAAUGAGUCUGAAAACCCUAACGCCACACCAGCUAAUUUGGCAGUUGAAGCACAUAAGCAGAAGAUAUUGGAUGGAUCAUCUCCAUUUAGUCAACUUUAUAAAAUGCUUAAAAAUCAGAUUGAGGCUAAUGACAAAAGUAACAUCCAUUUAACUGAUGGUAAGCCACCUAGAAAUGUUUCAGACAGUGCCAGUUUGCUGGUCCAGUCACCAAAGCGUAAAUCUCAGAAAAUAUUGCAAAGUAAAGUCUUGGAAAUGGAGAUAUUGGAGAAUAAGCAGGAAAAUCCAUGUUUGUCAUUGAAAGCUAAUGAUAUUUCAUUGGAAAAAGUAGUCUCUGGCAGAAGGAGUCAAAGAAGCAGCUGUAAUUCCUUGGGUUCUGACAAAAGACUGGCAGAAUCCUGGAGUAUAGACCCUCAAGAAGUUAAAGCAGAAACACCAAAUACCAGAAGAAAAAGUAACAUAAUACAGCAUUUAGUUCCUAAUGCAGAUCGUGAAAAUCAAGUACCUGACAAUGGCAAGGAGAGUGAAGUACUUGAAACUCCUAAAACAUGUUGGCGUUCAGGGACAUCUUCAAGUUUAUCUAAUUUUGUAGUAUCUGAUUCUUCUGUUUCAGAGCCCCUUGUUUCAAAAGAAACCCCUUCACUUGGAACCCCUAAAUCCUCAAGUAAGGGUCGUGGCAGAAAGUCACUGAAAUCUUCCAGCUUGUCUUGUAUAGAUGUCCUGAGUAAUGAAGUGCUGUCUACAAACAAUGGCGUAGCUGAGAGCACAACCAGUACCCAGGAAUUACUCUUGAAACAAGAGGAUGGGAGAAAGAACCUUUCUGAAAGCUAUCAAAGCCGUGCAUCUAUAAGAGGUGACAAUAAUAAGACUAGGCGAAGCUCACAGGUUAUACACAGAAGAUCUCUAAGUGCAAGUGAAGUUUUACAAGCAAUUCAGGAUUCACAUUUGACUGAGGUUUCAGAUUCAAUAAGUGAACAAAAUCAUGAAUCAUGCAAUGUAAAAACCAGAAGGAGCUUUAAAGCUGAAAUAGUAGCAUCCCAAGUAAAUUCUCCCAAGCAGGAUUCUAUCUCUCCUAGUCUCAGAACUAGGUCAGCAUCCCCUGCAAAGGUAAAGCAAUUACCUCAGAAAGCUCUUCUGCAGCUACCAGCAACAAGCCAUACAAACAGUCCUACACCAGCCAUUCAGUCCCCUAAAAGUGAAACUAAGAAAGUUUUGUCAACACCGAGGAGAUCCAGCAGUCUAGCUGCUGCCAUUAAAUCCCCUGAAAGUGAAACAGAGGCUGUUUUACCAACACCAAGGAGACCAGGCCGUCCUGCAGCUUCCACUAAAUCACCUAAAAGUGAAAUGGAGGCUGUUUCCUCAACACCAAGGAGAGCCAACAGUUCUGUAGCAGCCAUUCAGUCCCCUAAAAGUGAAACUAGGAAGGUUUUGUCAACACCAAGGAGAUCCAACAGUCCUGCAGCUGCAAUUAAAUCGCCUGAAAGUGAAACGGAGGCAGUUGUGUCAACACCAAGGAGACCAGGCCGUCCUGCAGUUGCCACUAAAUCCCCCAAAAGUGAAACAGGGGUAGUUUUGUCAACACCAAAGAGAUCCAACAGUCCUGCUGCAGCCAUUCAGUCCCCUAAAAGUGAAACUAAGGCAGUUGUGUCAACACCAAGGAGAUCCAACAGUCCUGCAGCUGCAAUUAAAUCUCCUGAAAGUGAAACGGAUGCAGUUGUGUCAACACCAAGGAGACCUGGGCGUCCUGCUACUGCCACUAAAUCCCCCAAAAGUGAAACGGGGUUAGUUGUGUCAACACCAAGGAGAUCCAACAGUCCUGCAGCUGCAAUUAAAUCGCCUGAAAGUGAAACGGAUGCAGUUGUGUCAACACCAAGGAGACCUGGGCGUCCUGCUACUGCCACUAAAUCCCCCAAAAGUGAAACGGGGUUAGUUGUGUCAACACCAAGGAGAUCCAACAGUCCUGCAGCUGCAAUUAAAUCGCCUGAAAGUGAAACGGAGGCAGUUGUGUCAACACCAAGGAGACCUGGGCGUCCUGCUACUGCCACUAAAUCCCCCAAAAGUGAAACGGGGUUAGUUGUGUCAACACCAAGGAGAUCCAACAGUCCUGCAGCUGCAAUUAAAUCGCCUGAAAGUGAAACGGAGGCAGUUGUGUCAACACCAAGGAGACCUGGGCGUCCUGCUACUGCCACUAAAUCCCCCAAAAGUGAAACGGGGUUAGAUAUGUCAAGACCAAGGAGAUCCAACAGUCCUGCAGCUGCAAUUAAAUCGCCUGAAAGUGAAACCGAGGCAGUUGUGUCAACACCAAGGAGACCUGGUCAUCCUGCUACUACCACUAAAUCCCCCAAAAGUGAAGAGGAAAUCUCACCACGUAAGAGAUCUGUGAGCAGUGUGACCAGAGGGAUGAUGCUGGAAGCUGGAGAGAUUACUGGAGAAAAUGAUACAGUGCCUUCUCCUACUUCUAAUCAAAUCUCAACACGAAAGCGGAGGAGUGGAGAGCAUUUUGCGAAGUUAUCAGAGCCUCCUACAAAGAGGAAGAGAGUUUCUUUUGGUGGACAUUUAAGUCCAGAAAUAUUUGACAGACGUUUACCACCAAAUUCGCCACUGAAAAAAGGUGCUGCCCCACUUAGACUGAGUUUAUCAGUGAUGAAGAAGAAGAAGAAGACCAUUACUAAACCUAGCAGAUAUUCAAUUUCUGUGGUUGGCUCUUCUAUGAUGAAGGAAACUUUAGAGUCUUCUGCAGAGGAUAAAUCUAUUAAGAAGUCCUCUCCUGGCAGAUUGCUGCCUAAAGCUAGCAGUACUCCUCAUAAAUCGAAGACUCCAUCGCCUUGCCAGAAAUCAACUAAUAAGUUGACACAAAGUGUGACACCAGAUGUGAUUGUGUCUGCAUCAGCUGCUGAAAUUGUGGUGAACAAUUCUGUUGAAUCUUUAGUUAAAACGCCAUCUCCUGGCACAAGAGCACGUAGAAAUGCAGCUAACAUAGAGUCUGAAUCUGUGACAAAAGUAAAGGGAUCAUCUUUCAGUAACAGGAGAUCUUUGCAAGAUAGUAAAUCUGUCUCCUUUGUUUCAGAAGGAUCACCAUUGAGAAAACCAGUAGAUGACUUAACAUUCCCUUCACCAAGUAAUAAACUGAGUGACUCUAAUAAAAACAGUACAAAGUUAGGUAUAUCUUUAAGUGACUCCCCAAGAUCUUCUCCUAGGACAAAGUCAGUAGUUGAUCCUGGCCAAUCUCAUGUAAAUUCCAUCAGCACUCUUCAGAUAUCCCCUAGGAAUAAACAACUCGGUGGAUCUGAAUCAACACCAGACAAGAAGCACCUUGUUGUAAUGGGUACACCUCGUUCAUCUCCUAGGAAUCGUUCAUUAAUUAGCUCUUCUGGUACUAACAAAGCUGCUGUUGCAGACAGUGUUAAUCUAGCCUCACCUAAAAGGAGGUCAUCUCCUAGUGUCUCAACAGCACCUAGUGAGUCCAAUGAAGGAACACCAUAUGUUCGUGGUCGUUUCUCAAUUUCGAGAAUACAUACACCUUCACCCAGUACUGAAGAAAAUGCUCCAAAAAAUGUUAAUGCAAAUAAAAACAUUAACUUCACUCCCAAACAUGUUCAAGAACGAAAAAGCUUGUCCUCUACUGCAAAGAAGUCUAUUACUAAAAGUCGCCGAAAGAGUGCUAUUUUUGGUUCUGUACGUACAAGACGAAGUGGUGUACUACAGUCAAGCCUGUUCGCAAAAAAAUCCUGGGCAGACAUCGUUAAGCUUGGUGUUGCAAAAACCAAGACAGUGGCAGCUGCGAGGAAACUUUCUUCUCGAAAAAAGCACGUAAAAAAAGUGUCUUCUAAAGUUCAAAAGACACCUGUUCGGAAGAUAAAGGAACAUUUUAGUACUGGUCACGCAGAGUCCCCAGCCACAAUUGUUAUUGGCAGAGCACAUAGAUCUGUGCAAGUAGUAGGUCAAGCACCUCGUCUCGUCCAAAAUGUGGCUUUGUUGAAGAAUAUGGAAAUGAAUGAAAGUUUUACAGGAAUUGAUAUAUUGUUUAGUACACCACCCACCUAUAAAGUAAAAAGAUCUUCAAGACGCUCCAGAGAUCUUGAGGUUCCUGAUAUUACUUCAGUGUCUCCUUCUGAAGCUUCAACUAUGAAAACCCCUGAGGAGACAGGAGAAAUGGUAGUGUCGCCUUUAAGUCUUCCUAGUACUUUCAGACGUGGAAGGUACAACAGAGAAGCUGUUUCACGUCUUCUCCAAGAAGAGUACAACGGUGCAGAGUCUCCUAGCAAACCACUGAAUAGAUCAGCGUCAAGAAACAUUAAAACAUCCAUCAUAAAUAUUGAAAAUCCUAUGACAUCGGACCAAAAAUUAGAUUCUUUGGAAAACCUGAGAGGAAUAGCAAAGCUAGUGCAGACUCCAAAGCAAAAAACAGUUGUACAGUAUUCUGAGAUUAAGGAUGUGAAAAGAAGUAUGAAAACCCCAAAGAAGAAAUCUGAUUCUGUAGAAGAUUUUGUUGGGCUGAAGAGAAUUAUGCGGACUCCAAAAGAUAAAGUAACUGUAGAAGACUCUGAAGUCCUUAAGGGUGUUAAAAGGAUCAUGAAAACUCCAAAGCAGAAAUCUGAUCCAGUAGAACAUUUUUUUGGGCUGAAGAGAAUUAUGAGGACUCCGAAACAAAAAGCAACUGUAGAAGACUCUACUAAAGCCCUUGAGGGUGUUAAAAGGAUCCUGAGAACACCAAAACAAAAGUCUGAGCAUGUAGAAGAUCUCCGUGGACUUAAGAGACUCCUGCGCUCACCUAAAGAGCCAAAAGUAUUUAUUGAGGAUCUAACAGGAGUAAAAACAAUUAUGAGUACUCCAAAGCAAAAAAGUCAGCCAGUUGAAGACAUGAUUGGUAUAAAGAGAAUAAUGACUACUCCUAAACAAAAGGGAAGUCCCGUUGACCGUGCUUUUGGAAUUAGUAGAAUUAUGAAAUCUCCAAAGCAGAAACACUCUCCAGUGAAAGACUUUGCUGGAUUGACUAGUCUAUUUGCAGAACCCCAGCAAACUGGAGGCCAGACAAUAAACACAGAGCUGUUGAAAACAAAAAGCACAAGGCAGUCCAGAAGAUUUUCUAAAGAGCAUCAAGAAGGACUAACACCUUCACAUAAAGCAGAAUUAAUACUGGAAAAGCCAACAAGUCCAAAGACUGUAAAUGAACCUGCACCAGUUGCAUCUGCAUCAGAUUAUUCUGAAAAAAACUGUUGCAGUUUCAGCUGCUAGUGUGCAGUCAUGUUUCUCUCCUCCCAAGUCUAGAAAAUCUCCAAGAGGCAAUAGAAUCUCUUCGGAUAUUCUGCCUAAUGCUCCUUUACCUGUGCAAAAUGACACUUCUGAUGGUAAUCUGCUUGUGUCUGCUUGUC